AUGUCAUCCGAGCCCGAGAGGAAACGGGUCAAGCGCAUCGUGCCUUUCCUCGAGGCGCAUGAGUAUAUGUAUGGUGUGCGCGUGGUGGAGCGCAACCCAGACACACGUGAGGUCACCUCUGUGCUUUGCAUGUUCUGCGCCGCCUUUGGGCGGGAGGAUGCUCCGCGUGAGACCGAACGAAAGCGCGCCCAGACGCAAAGGCCCAAGUAUUGGAGCGGCCCCACGUUCCGCACGGACAAUUACAAGUCACACCUGUCGAAACAGCACCCGAAUAGGUGGGAUCAGUACCAGAAUCUGCCACCAGAGCAGAAGCAACGGUACUUUGAUAGUAUCCCAGCGAUCCCCAAGAAGCAGGAGAAGCCACGCAGGUCGAUGGACAGCUUGAAUACUGGUGAAGUGCUGACGUUUCUAUUAGAUCGAGACAUAGUAGAUGUGGCCUUAGGCGACGUGUUGUUUCGGGCAGAAGAUGUUAAUCCAGGGGUGGGUAAGAGCUUAGCGGUGUUUGAAAGCACACUGGAUAAACGCGACACAUUGGAUCAGCAGAAAUCGGACGGCACAGCGGAAGUUCGAGUGGUUGUUCGAUCCGUGAAGCUUUUCCAUCGCGUGGUGGAGUUAGUAGCUAUGGGACUGAGUUUUGACCAAACCGCGACGAUAUGUCAGACACAGAUGAGCACAAGAAUCAGUGACAACACGUUCGUGCCACAAAUGGCGCGUGCUGUUGUUGGUGCCAACCUCCAAACAUUCAGUCGGAUACUACAGCAAAGCUGGGCGUUUUCAUUGAGUCUGCAGAGUGUGGACCGCUCACGACCAGGAGGAAAGGAACGUCGCAUGUUCCUCGAUGUGCGUGUGCGGGUUUACUGUGCUGGAAAGAUGGAAGCAUUCCAUUUACUAGCGUUACCAGUGAGAACAGGGGGAGAUCCAAGUCGUACGAGCGAAAUGAUGUUCGACACAUUGACGACUUUUCUUGAGGCGAUACACAAGCGCUGGCUGCAGAAAAUCAUUGGAUGCAGCACUGAAGCGACGAGCUCAGACCAAGCACUUCCAGGUUUUGUCCGUGUAUCAAGUGCACGGCCUCCUAUGGACUCAUUGAUGCAGCCAUUCUUCGACUCCGUUUUGUUCGCUGAUAAUGCCGAAUGGUACUCGCAACUCACAAGUCUGGCAGCGUAUCUCGAGCGUCAAAUGGCUACAGGAAACGCAGACGAACUCAGCGCAGCAUCAGUGACGACGUGUCCUCAUGUUGGAGACACAAUAUGGUGCAAGAUGACGAAAGUCAUGCGGUGGUUUGAUAAUGCACGAGUGUCUAUCCAACGUCUGCUGGCUCGAAGGAAUGCUUCGGUUGCUCCAUCUCCGUCUUGGUGGCUUAAUCUCAAAAUUGCGCUCGUGGUGGGGACUAUAGCGAUUAAAACACGAGCUAGUCUUCAAGGAGGAUACGCGACCUUGAUGUCGCAACAGCCCCAGCGGAUAUCUAUGCUUCGUCUUGCUUUGGCGGGGGACGUUGGUGUGGAAGGACCUCUGCCUGCGUAUCAACGAGCUGCUCUACGUGAUCAAAGUAGCUUGGGAGAAAUGAUCGGCUCAAGUGAUGGAAUGUUUGCACUGGUGUGCCGAGUUGUUUGA